GAGAGAGGAAGAGAGAGGAAGAGAAUGAGACAAAGUUAAGGGAGACAAGACAGAGCUGAUUUAAAUAUAACCCAUCAAAGACUUGUGGUCCUGUUUGUCCCUGUUGCAGUGACUCUGCAGGAGCACAGUUGACCACAUUAUCCACCUCCUCUGCCUCUUCUCCCCGCCUUGUUGCCACCUCUUCCUGCCUACGACCAUGGAGGAGGUCACCAAGGUCUCACCACCUCUCCUGGAACGUCGGGCUCGACAGCGUCAGCCGACAGUUUCAGUCCUCAAAUCCAAGCUGAAGCAGAAUGUGACCUGCUCUGUGCCCAGAGUCCGAUCCACCCUGACCGGGUUCUUCCCUGUUGUGCGCUGGCUGCCCAAAUACAAGCUCAGAGAGUAUGUAUGGGGCGACGUGAUGUCUGGGUUGAUCGUUGGUAUCAUCUUAGUACCACAGGCAAUUGCGUACUGUCUGCUAGCAGGAGUGGAGCCCAUCUAUGGUUUAUACACUUCAUUUUACGCCAACAUCAUCUACUUCCUCAUGGGGACGUCCAGACAUGUCUCUGUUGGGAUCUUCAGCCUCAUGAGCCUCAUGGUCGGACAGGUGGUGGAUAAGGAGAUGUUCCUGGCAGGUUUUGACCUCAAUGAGGACUCCACAACAUCUGGCCCUGAUGUAUUUAAUGCCACACUGGGUACUAAUGUCACAGCUGGUGGACUUCACAGUGUGGAGCUCAUGGGUAUGCAGUGCGGAAAGGAGUGUUACUCCAUCAGCAUUGCUGCUGCCCUCACAUUCCUGGCUGGCAUCUAUCAGGUCUUGAUGGCCGUGUUCCGGUUAGGAUUCGUCUCGGUCUAUCUUUCAGCUCCAAUGCUCGAUGGUUUUGCCACAGGAGCCUCUUUUACCAUCCUCACUGUGCAAGCGAAAUACCUCUUGGGUCUAAAGAUUCCCCGUCACCAGGGCUAUGGCACAGUUGUCGUCACCUGGAUCAACAUCUUCGCCAACAUUCAUAAGACCAACCUGUGUGACCUCAUCACAAGCGCCAUCUGUAUCUCUGUAUUAGUGGCAGGGAAAGAGAUCCAGGAGCGCUACAAGGAUCGUCUAAAGAUCCCUUUGCCAACUGAGCUGGUAGUUGUGGCUGGAGCCACACUGGCCAGCCAUUUUGGGGAGCUGAACAGCAAUUACAGCUCCAGUGUUUCCGGUCACAUACCCACAGGAUUCAUUCCUCCCCAGAUGCCCAGUUUUAGUCUGAUGCCACAGUUGGCACUGGAUGCCAUUCCUCUGGCUGUCAUUAGUUUUGCCUUCACGGUGUCACUGUCUGAGAUGUUUGCCAAGAAAAAUGGAUACACAGUUCGCCCCAACCAGGAGAUGCUGGCCAUUGGUUUUUGUAACAUCAUCCCCUCCUUUUUCCACUGUUUCACCACCAGUGCCGCACUGGCAAAAACCAUGGUGAAGGACUCAACAGGCUGCCAGACACAGGUAUCGAGUCUGAUCAGUGCCCUAGUCGUACUUCUCGUCCUCCUCUUCUUCGCACCUUACUUCUAUGCUCUCCAGAAGUGUGUUCUUGCAUGUAUCAUAAUUGUAAGUCUUCGGGGGGCACUGAGGAAGUUCAAGGAUGUCCCUGCUAAAUGGCGUGCCAGCCGAAAUGAUGCCAUCGUUUGGCUGGUCACAAUGUCAGCCACAGCUCUGAUCAGUGUGGAAAUGGGCCUCCUUGUGGGAGUAGUGUUUUCCAUGAUCUGCAUCAUCUUUAAGACCCAGAACCCUAAGGUCUCUCUCCUGGGCCGGGCCAAUGACAGCAAUCUUUAUGAGGAUGUGGAAGAGUACAAGAACCUCAUGUUGCCACCUCGGGUUCACAUUUUCCGCUUCCAGGCUCCUCUUUACUAUGCCAACAAAGACUCAUUCCUCAGAUCACUUUACAAAGCUGUCGGAGUUGAACCUUUCUUGGAACUGACUAAGAGGAGAAAGGCAGAGAAGAAGGCCAAAGAGAUGUCCUUGAAGCAGGCCAAGGCAAAUGGGGAUAAAAACAAUGGAGAGGUUGUUGUUGGACUCAUCCAAAGAGAACUGGAUUUCCACACAAUAGUUUUAGACUGCUCUGCCAUGCCAUUCAUAGACUCGACCGGCAUGGCCACAUUCAAAGGCCUGGUCAAGGAAUAUAAAGAGAUUGGGGUGAACGUGCUCCUUGCAAACUGUAAUACCUCAGUCAUUGAUACCCUGCAGAAGGGACAAUGCUUUGGGAAGAAUGAUGAAGACAUGAGCAGCCUACUGUUUCAUACAGUUCAUGCUGCGGUUCUUCAUGCAAACAGUACAUCUGCAGCAGCAGAGAGCAGGUCAGAAGACUCUGUAGUGUAGAGCAGCUGAAAGGAGAGGGACUUUUGAUACACUAUCAUGCCACCUAUAACAAUACCACAUUAGGGUAGCUUUUAAGUUGCCCUUUAAGAAGCUUAGUUCAAGAAAGUACAUUUUUGAUGCUUUGGGCCCUUAAAUAACCAGACCACAUAAAAGUUGAUCUGCCAAAUGAGCAUUUUUUUCAAUGUAUUUAUAGAAACAGGACCAUUUCAUAAAACUAGUAGUAGUAGAAAGGUGCAAUUUGUUUUUAAAUGGUGUCCCAUGACUGAAGAACACUGAUAAAAAAAGGCUGCCAAAUUCUUUGCUCUAUAUUGAACAAUCCUACAACAACCAGGAUCCACUGCACACAGUGCCUUCCAAAGCCCUUCUCAGACCACUCCUUUAUGGAAACAAAAGCCCCUUCCUCUUCUUAUUUAACUUCAAGAAGUCUGUGUUGCAUAAGUUGCCCAGAAUAUGUGGUUCCAACAAUAUAUCAUAAAGUUACUUUUCUACAAAAACACUGGUAUUUUAAAAUCAAUUUUUAAAUCAAGAAAACAAUGUGGCUGAUAGAUGGUUUUACUAGCUUACUUUAGAAAAGCUCCCUUGUAACCUUGCUCAUCAGCUGCCUUACAGAGAACACCAGUACAGCAUGUGAUUCAAGCCAGAACUCUGCAAUCCACAUUUUGUAUUAUCCAGCUGGGUUUUUUGUUUUAUUUUUCUCAGCACAGGGUACACAGACAAAAAGUUAACGUCAAUAAUUGUCUCGUUUUUUUGUACUUGUAGGUUUCUGUUUGUGUGUCAUCAUGGCAAAAUGUAGUCCUGGUGACCUAUUGUAGCCAGAACUACUACACAAGUGGUUUUGAGUACUUUGCCAGGUGCUUUUAUAUUUCUGUCUGUGGACAGAUUUUGUGAUCCCGAUAACAUAAGAACUAUACAAGAUGCAAUCACAAAACUUUACAGGUGUAGUUGAGAUCACAAUGAAGGCCAAGUUCAAAGAUAGGAGUGGUCAACGGCACUAGAAUACAGGGGUAGGAAGUAGGAAAAGUAGGAAAGUAGGCAGUAUAGAAAGUGUCUGUGGACCCCAUACCCUACACCCUCAGCCCAAACUCAUUUUAAGUUUUUGCUAGAGUGAUCUCAUUAAGGUAGUUUCUAGUCAAUAUCUGGGUUAUAUUGCGAAUAAUGUGUCAUUCUAUUGUACACAAUGUUCAAUGAAAGCAGUUUAACUUUUCUAUAUCACUUCAACCCUUUGGCCAAAGUCCAUAAUGGCUCUAAUCCAGGAGUCCAGAGUUCAGACAUGGGGAUUCAUCCACUAUGAGCAGUAUUUCCUGAGGUGCAAACUAUUAACCUGGACCACACAAUCAUUUCUAAAAGGUCAGUUAAACUCUUCAUGAGUUAAAGAAGUACUAUAUGUUGCUGGGACAGACACUUAACAUAGAUCACAAUGACUGUUUUCAGUCUUGCACAGAGCCUUGCCUUCUGACCAGGGCUCUUCAGAACACACUGCUCUUAUACUCUUGCCCUGUUCCCUAGUCACACAGCAACGACAGCUAUAUCCGUAAUCAUCUGCAAUUUCUUCUCAGGUGCUGGAUGAAAACAAGUGAUCAUAUGAUGCUUUUGAAAUUUAUAUUUAAACUGAUGGCAGCAGGUGAUGCCAUAUAUUUUAUGGAACCGAUUCACUGCCACUUAUUUGUUUAAUCAAAUAUUUUGUAUCUUUCAAAAUACGAGCAGAUUUUGUCUCUUUGUUGUAAUCACUGUCUUCUUGUGUCUUUUAUCUUGUU